GUGCCGCGGUUACCAUGACUGAGAUGAGUAGCUGGGAGGCGUAAACAGGAACAAAGUGGGGAAAGUCUGCAGAGUUCGGUCGUUUUUCCCCAACAUUUUCCCGCUCCACUGACUGGACCUUGCCAACUACUUCCCCUUCGUAUUGGAGGAGCGUGGACGUUCCCGGGACACUCUGUGGAUGUUUCGGCUCUGACAGCCCGAGAAGCGGAGUGGGGGAAAUGAACUACAAUAGACCAAGCUAAGCUAAGCUAAGAGCUUUCAUUAAAACAGGCGGAGGCUAGGCUAAGCUAACAGCUUCUGACUAAAGCAAAGGCUAAGCUAAGCUAAGAGCUUCUGUUAAAACGGAGGAGGCUUGGCUAGGCUAACAUUUUCUUACGACAGCAAAGGCUAGGCUAAGAUAGGCUAACGGCUUUCAUUGAAACAGGGGGAGGCUAGGCUAGGCUAAGCUAAGCUAAGAGCUUCAGUUAAAACGGGGGAGGCUAGGCUAGGCUAACAGUUUCUUACUAAAGCAAAGGAUAGGCUAACAUAGGCUAACGGCUUCUGUUCUUACUGGACCUUCAACUUACGUAAACUUUUAUAAAACCAGUCGUAGUUCGAUUUUAAAUGUAAUAACUGUUAAUAGGUGAGAAAAUACAACAUUUCAUUUAGUAUAUAUUUUCCGUUAAAGCAUUUAUUUUUGGGGGUGGCAGGUUCGUUAGCCACAGAAAACAGAGUUCCGCUCAGCCGGAGCGCGGAUUCACCCACUACCGCCAUCUGCGAGCUCUGCUGGGCUUGGGGAGCUGAGAAAGACUCGGGGGUUGCGGUGGAGCUCUCCGAGGGUCGUUAGUAUGGAGGCUGUGGAGCCUGGCCGCGGCAGCUUGGAGCGGUUACAUAACGCCUGCAGGUCGGCAGAGAAGCUACUGAACAUCUCCUCCUCCUCUUCCUCCUCCUCCUCCUCCUCCUCCCCACUGUGACUCCUGCUCACCGACAGACCCGCAGCACAGCAGCACCAGGCCGGCGGCGGCAUGGAGGAGGUGUGAGCUCGCUGGGAGGCAGGAGGCUGAACCCGCGCUGAAGAUGGAGUCCAACCCGCUGAUAAACGCCUUGGACCCGUCCAUCACCCUGUGGCAGUUCCUGCUCCACCUCCUGGAGGACCAGCGCCAGCGCCACCUGAUCUCCUGGACGGGCGAGGACGGCGAGUUCAAGCUGCUGGACGCCGAGGAGGUGGCCCGGCUGUGGGGGCUGCGCAAGAACAAGCACAACAUGAACUACGACAAGCUGAGCCGGGCGCUGCGCUACUACUACGACAAGAACAUCAUCAAGAAGGUCAGCGGCCAGAAGUUUGUCUACAAGUUCGUCAGUCAGCCGGACCCGUCCCUGCCCGACGGGACGCGCGGCGCCGAGGACGGCCCCAAGAAGGACGCCUGUGACCUCAGCGGCCAGGGGGGCGUGGCCUCCGCCUGCCCGUCCAAGGCCUUCCCCCCGCGCUCCUCGCCCAGCGGCGGCCAGAAGAGCUCCAGAAACGACUACAUGAAGUCGGGCCUCUACUCCACCUUCACCAUCCAGUCUCUGCAGACGCCUCCCAACCCUCGGCCAAUCAAGUCCGAGCUGCUGCUGCCGCUAGACCCCGCCCUCAAGGCUGACCGCCUGGCCAGAGAGGUCUGCUUGGUGCCUGAGAGUCAGACGUCUGGGUCAGUGGGUGGCGCCGCUGACCCGGCCCUCCAGGUGAUCGUCACCCAGACGUCUCCCUGUGCCACGCCGGCCCUCAGCCCGCAGAUACCUGCCAACCCCAGCAGCCAAUCACAGAACCCCCCCGGGGCCCCUCUGAGCGAGCCGCCCCAGAUUUACCUCACCAACGUGGGGGACCCGUCCUCCCUCACUCCCCUCCUCCCUCUGGCUCCUGCCGGCGGGUCGGGAGGUUCUGCUGCCGCUCCUCACCUGUCUGUGGGCCCCCAGGUUCCCCAGCAGGACGACUGCGGGGGGGCCCCUCAGCCCCAGACCGGGCCCCACCCGCCUCAUCCCGUCUUCGUCAUCAUCAACCCCUCCCCUCCCCAGCAGCAGGCUCCGCCCCCUGCCCAGGCUCCGCCCCCUGCUCGCCCCCCUCCCCCCAUCGUCAUCAAGGAGGAGAACCUGCCGUCGGAGCAGGAGCUGCUGGAGAUGGUCUCUCUGGACAAGGAGGAGGUUCCUCAGCUGGUCCACGGCCCAGCAGAACCAGAACCGCCCCUCACCAUCGUGGAGAGCCCACCUCCUGCCGGGAUGGAGGUGCAGCAGGAAGGGGAGGAGGGGGAGGCCAAGGACUCUCCAACAGAACCUUCGUCCUCGGCAGUGACCUCGCCGUCCGGCGCCGGUCCCCCCAAACCCAAGAAGCCACGGAUCCUGGAGCUGCCGUCGUCCCCCUCGCUGCCGCCGGGCCUUUCCCUGGACAAGGUGAACGCAGCCGUCAACAGCCUGCUAGCUCCGGGCUCCGCCACCAACACGCUCACACCCACCGUCAUCACCUCCCACGCUCUGACUCCCGUCCUGCUGACGCCCAGCGCGCUGCCCUCCACCAUCCACUUCUGGAGCACGCUCAGUCCCAUCGCACCGCGCUCCCCCGCCAAGCUGUCCUUCCAGUUCCCGGCUAAUGGCAGUAAUCAGAUCCACAUCCCGGCGCUGAGCGUGGACGGACUCUCUACCCCCGUGGUUCUCUCCCCCGGCCCCCAGAAGCCCUGAGCCUGGCCCACCUUCAUCUGAAGUCCCUUCUCUCUCUGGAGGAGCAGAGGAGCGAACCAUGAGGUGUUUACAUGGCGCCACCUGCUGGAGAGUCAGAGGAUCUCCACGCAGACGCCAGGUGGACGGCCUUCUCCUCACAGCUGGCCCCCGGCCUUCAUCAAAGGCUUUUAGCAGCACUCUGAGGGCUGAUGUGGGGAAGUCCAGCGCUCCUCUGGACUUUAAGCUUUCGGACCAAAAGGCCGAUGGAGCUUCACUAACUCUGAACUCUGAGGAUUAUCUUCUCAGAUUGAUGAUCAGCUGAAACUGCUCUCUGUGCCCAUUGAGGACAAAGGUGGGAGCAGCUGGACGUCAGAGGUUGUUCUGCCUCUCUUUGGGUUUUAAACUGUUUAUUUAUUUCACUUUCUGGAAGUCAGAGUCUGAUCCGCUUUUAAGAGGUUCCACUUUGCUCUGAUUGGCCACGCUUAAGGCCACGCCCCCCUGGAGAGAUGACGACCUGUUGUCGAUCUGGGCGGACCAAUCAGGGCGUUGUGCUGCGUAAGGCUCACAUUCCUCUGUUCUUGUUAUUAUGGGCUGCUUUUCUACCCACAGCUGCAGCGGAUGUCAAACCUGUACAUAUUUCACUGAGGGCCUGCAGAGAUGCUGCCACAGGCUGGUUCUGGUGAGACGGAGGUUCCCUACAAAUCACCGGAUCAUCGGGGAAGAACCGUUUCAGAGGACCCGGGUGGAUCUUUAAAAGAACUGAUUAAAAGAACUGAUCCGAGUAAAGGAGCUGGAUGAUCCUGAGCUGGUUUAACAA